AUGUCAUCUUUAUUUCAUAAAAAGGAGGAUAAAGACAAAUCGUCUGCUUCCAAGAGUUCGGUCAUGUCAAAGUUACCAGUACCACCUCCACCCAUUGUAAAGUUACCAAAUUCACCAUCAACCUCGUCACAAUCACUGUCGAGCUCGUCGUCGAGCAUCAACGUCGCCAAGAAUACUGGCGGUGCAUCGUCUUCAGGCAACUUCUCGACCACGGGUGCGUCUUCACCAACAACCUCGGCGUCGUCACCCGUACUUGGACAACCAUCACUACAGGGUAGCACAUCCACCACCAACACAUCAUUGAGUAGCAGUAUGACAGGUAUCAGUCACCACAACAGCAGCAGCAGCAGCAAUAAACCAGUUGAAGAGAUAAAAAAGAAUAGUCUUGGUGGAUCGGGCGGAAUGAAAGGAUCAGGUAGCCCAUACAGUAGAGCUAGUACAAUCCUAUCCAACCACAGCAACAAUAGUGAUAGUUCCCCUCCAUCAUCUCUCUUUUCGACAUCAUCAUCACCAACCAACGAGUCACUCGUUUAUCAAGAUAACGAUUCAUCAAUGGAUCCAAAUACAAAGAUGGGUAAUUUUAUUGGAGGACUUAAAGUUACAACUGGAGGAGAACAACCUCGAUCGGGUCACUCUGCCUCUUUAUACGAAGACACCUUUUAUGUAUUUGGUGGUGAAGGCAUUGAUAAUAAUCCAACAAACGAUUUCUUUUCUUUUAAUUUUUCAACAAAAACAUGGGCAUCGAUUAGUAAUUCAAAUGGACCAUCUCCAAGAUCAUACCAUAGUUCUUUAAUUUAUAAUAACGCUUUGUAUAUUUUUGGUGGUGAGGGAGGUAAUUCUUCAAAGAAUGAUUUAUUUGUAUAUUCUUUUGAUACACAAUUAUGGUCAGAGAUUAAUGUAUCUGAUACUAAUAGACCACCAGCAAGAUGUGGUCAUAGUGCAGUAAUUGAUGGACAAACAAUGGUAAUUUUUGGUGGUAUUUCAGGCAACAAACCAACCAACGAAGUAUAUGCUUUCAGUUUCGAAACAAAGACCUGGAGUGUAGUUUCUACAACAAAUACACCAACAGCAAGAGCAUUCCAUACAGUCUCUGUACACAAAGGAAUCAUGUAUACAAUAGGUGGUCAAGACACUAGUACCAAUGCACUCGAUGAUAUUCACUGCCUCACUCUUGCCACCAAGGAAUGGAGACCUUUCCAAGUGGUCGAGGGUUCACCAUUCCCAGCUAGAUCACAUCACUCUGCCACUUUACUUCAAGAUUCAAUCAUUGUUACUGGUGGUGCUUCAGUUAAACCACAUUCAACUUUGGAUGUUUAUGAAUUAGAUUUAUAUCAAAAGAAAUGGUUUAAAAUUCAAACUACAUCACAAGGAGCAAAUAGAAUUAGUCAUACUUCAAUACUUAAAGGAUUAUCAUUAUUCUUGUAUGGUGGAUCACAAGAUACAUCAUUGGAUUAUUUCUCUUUUGGUAAAAAUGAUGAAUUUGAAGAUUUAAUUCAAGAAGAAGAUGGAGAAGUAUCAAGAUUACAAAAUAUUCCAAAAGCAUUCUGGGAAUCAACAUUGAUGAAGAAACAUCCAGAGAUUUUAGAUUUAAGAGAAAGAACUCAACUAUUGACAGGAGUAAAGUCGUAUGGAAAGUCAUUGGCAUCACCAUCGUUUACGGAAAACAAGACAGCAGUUUCACAUCAAUUUGUAUUGCAAUUGAUUAUGGAGUAUUUGGAGAGGCAUAGACAAUACCACAAGACGAUUCAAGUGAUUGAAAAAGAGUCUGGUGUGGUACAUCAAAUGACCGAGUCGGGCGAGUCGCGUCUCGUCACGAUUCUUCGUCUCGUCAAGCCACGUCUCCGCUCCAAGUAUGUGCUCGACCAAGACUUGCACAUAUUCCCCAAGCAAGAGGCAUUUGACGAAGAGGUACAAGUAGUCGACAACUUGUACCGUCGUGUCGAAUCAGAAGAGGAUGCAAAUGUAUGGGACGAGCCUGAAGACGGCCCCAAGAACAUCAGAAAGACCGAAGGUCCAUUGUCGGCCGCCGACAAGCAGCGACUCGAGGCACUCGACCCCAUCAAGAAGCGUGUGUGCGAUGUCAUCAAGUUCUGGAUCGACAAGUGUCCGUGGGACUUUAAGACUGGUCCCAACGCCGACAAGCUCGUUGCAUCGCUCAACAACUUUAUCGACGGUGCCCUUACAAGAGAUGGUAACGCAUCGGUCAAGAACUUGCGUCGUAUCUUGGCACAGGCACGUACCGCCGAGACUUCGCAGUCCUCGAUGGUCUACAGUACCAAUCCACCCGAACCCAAGGUACCCAAGAACAUUUUCUCGCCACAGUUGACGCUCUCACACAUUGACGAGCUCGAGAUUGCCCGUCAACUGACACUCAUCGAAUACAAGAUAUUCCGCAACAUCCCACCCCCCGAGUUUUUGGUGCGUGUCACCCCAUUUGGUGAGUUCCAGUACUCGAUGGCCACUGCCCCCAACCUCAUCCUGUUUUUGAACCGUUCGAGCGAUGUUUCCAAGUGGGUUGCCUACACGAUCCUCUCGCAAGACCAGAAAAAGUCGCGUGCCAAGAUGAUCGACAAGUACGUCAAGAUCAUGGAGUGUCUGCGCACGCUCAACAACUUCCAAACCCUGUAUUCUAUCUACCUCGGACUACAAAACUCGGCCGUACAGUCUGUGCACGACAUCUUUUCAGUGCGUGCCAAGGAAGUUCUAAUGGAACACGAGUCACUCUUUUCCAAGGGUGAAAACUACAGAAACUACAGAGAAGUCUUGUCCAAGUCGUCUUUGCCUUGCAUACCACUCGUUCACGUCAUCCAAGAAGACAUUGCCUUUAUCGAAAAGGAGCAGCCCGGCAUGACCAAUGUCCUCAUCAACUUUGUCAAACGUCAAAACCUCUACAAUAUCAUCUCCAAGGCCGAAGCCUAUCAAGUUCACUCUUACAAUUUACAACCAGUCCAUCAAGUAUCCACAUUUAUCAACAAGUUACCAAGAAUUAACGAUCUUGAUUUAGUUGAACUUUCAAAAAAGGAAUUGAUCUAA